AUGUCCGCUAUCACCACUCCUGCUGCGGCCCCCCGCGUGCCCAUCCCCGCAAAUGGUGUCGACUACCGCGGCACCAUCGUUCUCGCCCCGAUGGUCCGCUCCGGCGAACUACCCUCCCGCCUCCUAGCCCUUAAAUAUGGCGCCGAUCUAGUCUGGGGUCCCGAAACAAUUGAUCGCUCGAUUAUCGGUUGCCUGCGUCGCAUCAAUCCUCGCAAUGGAACUAUCGAGUUCUACCGUCUCCCCUCCAACGGCGGCCGCGUCGAUCAAGCAGCCAAGGAAUCCGUCCUCUUUCGCAUCGAUCCUGUCCGUGAAAAGGGACGUCUCAUCUACCAAAUGGGUACAGCCGAUCCAGAGCUCGCCGUAAAAGCUGGGCUUAUGGUGGCCGGUGACGUGUCCGGCAUUGAUGUGAACUCCGGAUGUCCGAAGCCCUUCAGUACUAGUGGCGGAAUGGGUGCUGCUCUUCUCCGCACACCGGAUUUACUUGUCUCGAUUCUGGAGGCGCUGGUCCGUGAAGUGGGUGAGCCUUUUAAGAUUGGUAUCUCAGUUAAGAUUCGCAUUCUCUCGGACCCCGAGUCGACCCGCAGUCUUGUCGAGCGACUGGUGCGCACUGGUAUUACCGGAUUGACCGUCCACUGUCGCACCACCCCUAUGCGUCCCCGUGAGCGCGCUAUUAGAGAUCAGCUUCGCAUGAUCCGAGAAAUCUGUCAUGAAGCCGGAGUUGCGUGCGUGAUGAACGGCGAUGUUACAAGCCGCGACGAGGGAUUGAAGCUUAUGGAAGAAUUUGGUGUGGAUGGCGCUAUGAUUGCUACUUCUGCCGAGGCGAACUCCUCUUGUUUCCGCUCUGAAGCUGAUGGAGGUCUGGCCGAUUGGCGGGAAGUCGUCUACGAGUAUAUGAAGUUCUGUAUCGAGUGCGAGAACCGUUACGGUAACACUAAGUACCUGCUUAACAUGCUUAUCCCCGGAAAAAACAAGGAGUUCAACCGUGCGAAGGUGUGCAAGACAUACACCGAUGUUUGCCGCGCCUUGAAAUUCGACGAUCUUGUUCCUGCUGCGGUCCAGCUUGAUGUGCUGAACGGAAUGACGGAGAAGUGGGAUCAGGGUCGGGAGGAGAAUGAGCAGAUUCGCUCAAAGAUUGCCCAGAACGUCCUGGAGAAUAAUGAGUCUGCUCGUGCAGCUGGUGGUGGUAGUGUCAGAUCAAAGUCGAUCUCUGGUUCUUCUCGUGUUGGUGGUCCCAUUCGCACUCUUGGUAUCCCGGAACCUGCUAAGAUCAAUAAGCCUGAGCCUGAGGCUGUCAACACUGAAGCUGCGGAUGUCUCUAUUCCCGCAGAGAUGCCUCAGAAGUCAGAGGUUGUGGCAUAA